AAUUCAGAAAUAAAUGUCCGACACUCAACCUUUCAUUCCUUCCCUUCAUUCCCUCUCUGCACACUGAACAUCAAAGAGACACACACAUUCGUUUCCAUUUUCUGUCCAAAAUGACAGGAGAACACAGUGCCACAUCUUCCCCCGAUGAGCUCAACCUCAAAGCCCCACUCCUCCCACUCCAUCAAACACCGAGCAGCAUAUACAACAACCCCUUCUCCCUCAAAUCCAUCUUCACCCUCAAGAACCUUUACAUCAUCUUGGGUCCUUUGCUUUCCAUCAUCAUCUGCCUCUUCGUUAAGCUUGAUGGUGCUCCCAAAACUUCCCAGAAUAUGCUCGCCGUCAUCGCCUGGGUUUUCACCUGGUGGGUAACUUCCGCCGUGCCGCUUCCGGUGACCUCCAUGUGUCCCCUGUUUCUGUUCCCUCUGUUUGGGAUUUCCUCUGCUGAUACCGUCGCUCACUCUUACAUGGACGAUGUCAUUACUCUUGUCUUGGGAAGUUUCAUCCUCGCUCUCGCCGUUGAACGCUACAACGUUCAUCGAAGAUUGGCCUUGACCGUGACAUCAGUGUUUUGUGGUGACCCGUUGAAUCCUGGCCUUCUCCUAUUGGGCCUGUGCGCCACGUCAUUCUUCGUGAGCAUGUGGAUGCACAACGUGGCAGCCGCAGUGAUGUUGAUGCCGGUGGCGACGGGGAUCUUACAGCGGCUGCCGCCACCGGAGGAGCAGUCGGAGCUGGUGAACAAGUUCAGCAGAGCGGUGGUGCUGACGGUGGUGUACGCGACGCCGAUCGGAGGGAUAAGCACUUUGACGGGGACAGGUGUGAACCUGAUAUUGGUGGGAAUGUGGAAGAGCCUUUACCCUGGAGGGAAACCAAUCAGCUUCAACACGUGGUUCUUCUUCGCUUUCCCUUUUGCUAUUCUCUUCUUGUUCUCGUUCUGGUGCAUCGUUUGCUUGCUCUAUCUCAAAAAGGGUUCGGGUCCUGCUUUGUCUUCUUAUCUCAGCAGAGCACACUUGAAGAGGGACCUAGAAGCUCUGGGUCCCAUGUCUUUUGCUGAGAAGAUGGUGUUGUCUGUCUUUGGGUUACUGAUCGUAUUAUGGAUGACAAGAAGAAUCACAGAUGACAUUCCUGGAUGGGGGUCUUUCUUUCAUGGCCUUGUUGGUGAUGGAAGUGUCAGUGUUAUGGCGGCUGUGCUAUUGUUCAUAAUCCCAAACAUGAAAAAGGAAGGGGAGAAGCUAAUGGACUGGAAUGAAUGCAAGAAGUUACCAUGGAGCCUCAUUUUGCUACUUGGAGCUGGGUUUGCUAUAGCUGAUGGAGUCCAAUCUAGUGGCCUAGCAGAUGUGCUUUCCAGAGCCUUAGAUUUCUUAGAUGAUGCUCCAUACCUAGCCAUUGCCCCUGCAGUUAGUCUCAUGAGUAGCAUCAUAACUGAGUUUAUCACCUCCAAUGAUGCCACUGCCACCCUGAUUAUCCCACUCUUAUAUCACAUAGCAAGGACCAUGCGCGUGCAUCCUCUUCUUCUUAUGAUUCCCGGAGCAAUCGCGACCGAAUUCGCUUUCUUGCUUCCAACUUCAACUCCUUCCAAUGUAGUUGGAUUUGCCACUGGCCAUAUUGAAAUCCAGGACACGCUCAAAGUUGGUGUGCCUCUAAAGGUUGCUGGGAUAGCUUUGCUCUCAUUCUUGAUGCCAACUCUAGGAGCUGUUGUCUUUGGAACAGAUGAGGGUGUGCAGUGGAUGCCAAAGAGAACUUUUCCUUUGUUGAGAAAUUGAUUUCUUCUCCAAUUUCCACGUUGCUUAUGAUUCUUUUGUGUCUUCAGUAUAUGUUUCAUAGUUUUGUACAACCUUCCUUCUUACUCUGUAGAUAGCAAUUGUGGAUACCAAAGUUAUACGUGAAUGAAUAGGCAAAGGAGGAGGGUCCCAGAAAUAUGCCUCUGUUUGUUGAUUUUUCUCUGUCAACCGGAGGUUUUUUGUUUUUGUUUUUUUUAUCAAUUUCUUCUGGGGUUAUUUAAAUCACCAAUGGUAGUAGAAUUAUCCUAAUUUUAGGUGACCUAAUAAAUUUUCUCAUGUGCUAAAAUUUCCUAAAACACAUGUCAAAAUAUUAUUUAUCCAUCUAAGUUAGGGUGAUCUUACCCAAGACAAGAUUAUCUUGGCUGAUUUAGAGAAACCUCUUCAGCAAUAUUGUAUAUUCCUUCAGUUAUUGAAGAAAGAGUGGUAUAUAGAUUGGAUUUGUUGUGA